UGCACGCGACAAGUGUUGAACGCUUUGUAAUUUGCUUUAUCAACAAAAUCAAACUAAACCGACAACUUUUCGAUGUUUAUGUGAAAUGGUUAAUUUUAAUGAUAAUGAAAGUGAAAGGAAACGACUCCCGUGAAGAACAUGUGAAGUUUUAGUGGAACAAUGAAUCAUCGGCGUUAGAAAUAUUUAAAAAAUCAGCCAUGCUUCGAAGCUGCGACGAAGACUCGGGUCGUAGUUCCUGUUCAGCCGCUUCCAUAGGCCUAAGCCCAAUUAUAGACAGCCGAGAAAAAGCACAUUCCAUAGAUACUAAGUCUAGAUAUUCUAAAACCCAUGAAGCAAGUACAAAUACUGAUUUAAAAGUUAGUAUCCGUCCACGUAGCUAUGUCGAUCUCAUCAAAUCCCCCGAUGAAAGGGAACCCUUUCCAAGCUGUAGAGUAUCCAAGCAUAAUAGAAAUUCAAUUUUCCAAUUAUUUGACAAUGCGAGAAUGGGUGGUCUGUCUAAUGCUCAUUCCACUUUAGAAAUAGGAAAAAGCCCAUUAGAACAACCAAAUAUCUCUAAUAAUGCAGUAUCUUUAUCUUCUAUUGGUGUGGACAAAGGUAUCAGAAAACAACCAACAAAUUUUAGGAGAGGAAAACCCGUUCAAAGAGCUGCUUCAAGAUUAUACAAAGCAGAAGGAGUCAGUAAAGGGAAAGAUGGAUGUGUAGGCCCAGAGUUUAUAGUUCGGGCCUCUCAGCCUGCCAAACAUAUGGAUUUGACUGUCUCAGCAAUCUCGGAGAAGCGGGUCAUAACUGUAGUUCUCCUUAAUGGGCAAAAGGUGGAGAUCCUUUGUGAUCCUAAUGUGGUAACGGCUGGACAACUUUUUGAAGCACUGGUUCACAGUGAGAAGUAUGAGCACAAUUUUAUGCUGGGCAUUGCCAUCCUGAUAGGUGGUGACUUUGUCUUCCUACCAGACGAUUAUAAAAUAAAGAAAAUUGCCCCUGAAGCCUGGCAUAAGACUGGUAACAAGAAGAAGUUUGUUGAAGAAGAAAUUGCCUUAACAGUGUUCCUGAGAAUCAAGUUCUUCUUACCCACAAACAUAGCUAGGAAUAUCCAAGGUGGGGAAUGGAGACACAGAGUAUAUUUACAACUAAGAAGAGCAACUGUGGAGGGGCAAUUAACUUCUGUGAUGCAGAAUCUCAUAUUAUUAGCAGGGUAUGCUUUACACAUAGAGUUUGGAGAGUUCUCAUAUAGAGAACAUGGCUCGGCUGAUUAUUUUUUACUUGAACAUUAUCUGCCAGAAACUGCCAUUACUGAUGACAUGGCAGAUGUCAAGUUAAAGAUGAAAAGGGCACAUGAAUCUAGAAGAGGAUUGGACAGGAAUAAAGCGAUAAUAAACUUCAUUACACUAGCACAGACAUUCAGGGACUAUGGAGCGCAUUUUUACUCAGCUAUAUGGGCGACUAGAGAUGGAUUCUGUCGCGAUGUGUGGCUCUCUAUUGGACCAAGAGGCGUGACCCUUUACUCAAGAAGCAACCACAUUUCUGAUGAACCAGGGAUGACCAACCGCAUAGUCCUACAGAGCCUGCCGUGGCAUCAUAUACACACAUUCUAUUACAACAAAAAGAGCCUAUACAUAAUGCCUAACUCACACUCAGGCCUAUCCAAAAUCGGCGUUAAAUACAAGUUAAAAAUGACCGACAAUAAAAGUUACUUUACAUUCUGGCUGGCAUCAUUGCAUCACAGGUUAUAUUUAAAGUUGUAUGCAAAAGAGGACUUCAUCAAUUAUUUAUCGGACGAACUGAGCUGCCCUUUGAAUAAGGAUGGCACUCCCAAGAAAGCUGAAUGCAGCAAUUACGAAGACAGUUAUAACUUGGCUGUAAGAAACCAAUUAAGAACCAGGAGACCCGUUAAACGGAGGUUUAGAGUAGAUAUUUUUGGAGAAAAGAAGACUCAGGAUAAGGAAAACGCGAAACCUAACACAGAAGAAUUGUUAAGAAGGAUACUCUCUCCGCAACCUAGUGAAGAAAAUUUGACGAAUUGCUCCAACCAAGGAAACACGUCCAAUGACGGAUUCUCCUCAUCCGAAAGCUGUAGCUUACCACGAAGGCGUGGAGUCAAAAUGGGCACACGAGUAUUCAAUGGAAUGAAGUCAGUUGUAGACAAACCAAAUCGCAGACCAGAAAGUUGCGUCAGAGCAGAUUGCGAAGUAACGACGACACAGAGUGAUUCAGAUGACUUAGAACUGAGGCAGCAUUGCAAUGUGAAUAGUAUGAAACUGUUGCCAGAAAGACAAUAUCAUCAAGAGCUGACGCAUACAGCAACUGCUUAUGUACUUGAAUCCCCUAAGGUCUACCCUGAUGCAUUCAACUACAAUGCAGUCAGUAAUGAUUCUUGCAUGAACACUUCCCUAUUCGAAAAGUUAGAUAAUAUGGAAUGUGUUCAAGGUGAAAGAAUUUUUGUAACAGCUAGUUUAGAAAGGGAUCAAAUGAACGCCUUGGGAUUGCAAGUGGCUGAAGGCUCUGAUGGCAAUGUUUACAUUAAAUCUAUCACUACUGGUGGCCCAGCUGAUUUAUGUAGAAAACUUCUUCCAGGGGACCAAAUUAUAUCAGUUAACGGACAAACUUUACUCAACGUAAAGUACGAUAAAGCAUUAGCAAUGCUACAAUCGGCACCGAAAGUCGUAGAAUUAAUUGUUCUACAAAACUUGAAGAAGAAUUCCACAAUGGAGUUAAAGUUUGAUAUUACGGGUAUGUCGGAAAAACCAAGAGUGGGUAAAGAAAUUGCAAAUAGCACAGUUGCUCUGGAUGGAGACAUAACAGACGAUGAAUUACUUAACGAAGAAGCUUUAAAGACAAUUUACGCUUUAAUAAAACUAACGAAAGAGAAAGUAAUAAGUCGAAUGCAGGACAAGGCGAGCCGGCAGAACACUCCCAUAAAAAGUAACCUGCAAAAAUGUUUCUCGGAGAUAAAAGUGUACGAAGAAUCUGACAUAGGAAAUUACUCUUCCCAAGAAAGUACUCCCCAGAAAAAAGGCACGAAGUUUAACACUUGGAGAGGUCAAAUACCUAAUGGUAGACCAAAACGAAGACCGCUAAGCAUGAGUAUACCCGCUGAUGUCAAUUUAGACUUAGAUAACCAUAUGAAAAACUCAUUACAAUCCAUCCAGUCAUCUGUGGACAGUUUAGAUAAGUCUGUGAAAAGUUCUUCCUCGAAAAACGUAGCGCUGCCAAGAAACUAUGGCCUUGGGAGGAGAUGGCUAGGCCCUGUCAGAUACCCAGUCACCCCUUGCAAGAACAACCCCACCGAGAGUGCAAUAGCGGACGAUAAUGUUGUUAAAAGACAUUUUAUAUACGGUACUGGAGAUUCAGAUGAGGAUCAGAUAUUUUUAUGAACUUUUACCUAUUUAUAGGACAAUGUAAGAUACAAGUAUUUAAUACGUAUUAUUGAAUGUUAUCAAUAGAUUUAAGGAGACAAAUUAAUAAAUGCCAUUUAUUUUUA